CCAAGACAGAGCUUGCAGAAAAGAUCAAGACCAGAGAAAAUAAGAAGACUGAGAGUUCUCCUAACGUGAUGCCUAUAGUUGGAAGCAUGUCAACCAUGAUACCCAAUCAUGUCCUGAGAGUUGGCCAGAGUAUCCGAGUAGACUCAGCUGAGGAGACGCUGAACAAACGGCACGGCCUCAUUGAGCCCACCAGUGAUCCCAGUGACUCUGACCUUGACAUCUCUCUGGAUAACCUCAACCAGCUGAUCCUAGAACUGGAUCCGACAUUUGAACCCAUCCAGGUCAACAAAAGUCCUUCAUGCACCAGCCCCCCAACAGAUGACUCCAACUCAGAUGAGGAUGUCUCUAAGUGUGUGCUGGUCCCUAGAGGAUGUGCUCCUUGCUCCUCACCCUCCUCAGUCCCAUCAGCCCUGUCACCCAGUAUCCCCAUCCCUGUAUACAGUGGACGUAGCUACAGCCCUCAUGGCUCCGUGGUCUUCUCAGAGUCUCCUUCAUCCUCCCGCCCCCCACUGCCUUGCGGUAGUGUUCCCCGGCAAAAUCUUUCUCCAAGGAAUGACGUUACCUCCCACGGAUCCCUGCGGCUGUCGCACCCCAACAGGAACAGUACCACCUCACUCCUCUCCACAUCCCCAGGCUCAGACACCAGCUACAUCAUGGGCAGCUGCCUGUCCUUGGCCAGUGAAGAUGCGGAUUCUCCAGAGUCUCUCCUUACUCGCACACCUGGCCCCUUCAGCGAUGGGUCCCGAACACAGCCCUUUGAUACCAGACAGAGCCCAGACAAACCCUGGCCAACAAAGCCUUCACCGGUGGGACAGUUCCAGGAGCUCCACUGCAGAGGAUCACAAAGCAGCCCUGCCUCAUUGGCGGGUUCCUUGACGGAUAUCCCUGUGCUGCUGGUCAACGGGGCGCCAGAAAAACACCUUGGCCACAAGACUUUAACACCAGAGAUGGCCUUCACACAAACCAUCAAGAUGUCCGGCACUAAACCAUCUUCUCCGCAGAGUUUCCAAGCCCAUUUCAGUGGCAGUCAGCCGUCAAUGAAGUUUGUCAUGGACACUUCUAAACUCUGGUUCUGCCCACAUUUCAACAGAGCAGAGGCCGAAGCCCUGCUGAAAGACAAGGAGCCUGGAAGCUUUGUGGUGAGAGACAGCACGUCCUACCGAGGCAGCUUUGGACUGGCUAUGAAGGUGGAUCAAACUUCUUCCAACUUCUCCCCUUUAAGCCAUCCAGAAGAGGGCAGUUCAGAGCUCAUCAGGCACUUUCUUAUUGAAUCAUCAACCAAAGGUGUGUGCAUCAAAGGAUCUUCUAUUGAACCAUACUUUGGUAGUCUCUCUGCACUUGUCUACCAACACACCAUUACUGCUUAUGCUUUGCCGUGCAAAUUACUGCUCCCAACCAAAGAGCUGUGCACAGAAGAGAAGGCAAAUGACAACACAUCAUCAGUGGACAACAAUAAAACCGCUUGCAACUUCGUCUACCUGAAUGCUGUCCCCACUGAGAUGCUGACAGGCCCCUGCGCUGUGCAGAAGGCAGUGACCGCCACCCUUAACAAGGACCCCAGUGCCAUCUCACCCACCAUCGUCAACAUGAAGGCGUCAUCAAAGGGUGUAACACUGACAGAUAUUAACAGAAGACUCUUCUUCAGACGUCAUUACCCUGCUAAUCUGAUGAGCUAUGGUGGUGAAGAUCCAGAAAAACGACUGUGGCUGAAAGGUUCCAGUUUCCGAGCAAGGAUGUUCGGCUUUGUGGCUAAAGGUGCAGAGGCUGGCAAGGGGAAUGUGUGCCACAUUUUUGCAGAGUAUGACGCCCUCCAGCCUUGUGACAAAGCCAUUGAAUGUAUACGGGCGGCCGGAGCCAAGCCAUAGACAUGCAGCCAGUCCAGAGAGGCUGCUGGGCUGAAAUGACUUCAGACAGCAAGGGCUCCUGUGGCCCUGCAUUGACUGUUACCACUGCUGUUGUUACACUGGACAGGUGGAAUGGCUCAUCAGAUUACAAUCCAAACAUCUGUGUUGAUGCAAUACUUAUUAUUUGACGCUGGCAUCCACGUAUUUGUGUUUAACUAUGAAAUGAUGGAAGCCAGUGCCUAACGUAAAGGAUGGGAUGUAAUUCAUUUGAUUUGUCUUACCAUAGCGAUCCAAUUCACCCGAGGGAGCUGGCUUUGCUGAUGUAGAAUGAUUCACAUGGAGAGUGAGCUAUAAGUCUGUUAAGAGCUAAAACCUUGAUAAGAAACAUGGACAGUUCUGUUAUUAGACUCAGAGAAAUCCUACUGUCAUGUCACUUAUUUUCAUUUCAUAGCAGAGACUGUUCACCUAUACCUGCUGUAUGCUUCAGAAUGUAUUUAAUAUAAUGCACUAUGUGUAACAUUUCUAUUCUGUAUAUUCAUGCACUUUUUAAAAAAAUGUGGUGUUGAUAAACUAUAAUAAACAUGUUGAUAUGUAGUUUGUACGUCUGUGUGAUCUCUCUCUCUC